AUCAGCCUCAGCUGCUGGGCUGGGCUGCUGUUUCUUGUCCCAAGACUAAGUCUUAGCAACUUUUUUUCCCUCGGCUGCUUAAACUUUUUUUUUUCCCUGUAGCUGGAACUAAGUGUCACAUUUUGCUCACUCCCGCCCCUUCUUCCCCACCCCUCCCAGGACACAGAGCGUGUGGAGGGAGAUUGGAAGCCACCUCCAGUCUGGGGUGACUGCUGUAACUUUCAGUGCCUCUCACUGUAAUACUAUGAAGUUCCUCGGGAAGUCCAGGAGUCAGACAGCUGCUUUUCUGCCUCUUUGCUUGUUUCUUUUGAAGAUUCUGCAACCAGGGCACAGCCACCUUUAUAGCAACCGCUAUGCUGGUGAUAAGGUGAUAAGGCUUAUUCCCAACACGGAAGAGGACGUGAAUGCUCUGAAGAAAAUAUACCACCAACUUAAGGUAGACCUGUGGCAGCCCAGCAGUAUCUCCCAUGUGUCAGAGGGAACAGUUACGGAUGUCCAUAUUCCCCAAAAUUGUUCCUGGAUCCUGUUAGCCUUCUUACAGGAAGCCAACAUCCAGUACAAGAUACUCAUAGAUGAUCUGCAAGAAGCACUGGAAAAGGGGAGCAGUUUGCAAACCCAGAGAAGUCGAAGAUCACUCAUUGAAUAUAAUUAUGAAGUUUAUCACUCCUUAGAAGAAAUUCAGAAUUGGAUGCAUCAUCUGAAUAAAAGUUAUACAGGCUUCAUUCACAUGUUUUCUAUUGGAAAAUCAUAUGAAGGAAGAUCUCUUUUUGUUCUAAAGCUGGGCAGAUCACGAUCUUACAAAAGAGCUGUCUGGAUAGACUGUGGUAUACAUGCAAGAGAGUGGGUUGGUCCUGCCUUUUGUCAGUGGUUUGUAAAAGAGGUGCUUCUAACAUAUAGGAGUGAUCCAACCAUGAGGAAAAUGUUCAAUCAUCUGUAUUUCUAUGUCAUGCCUGUUUUUAACGUUGAUGGAUACCAUUUUAGCUGGACCAAUGAUCGAUUUUGGAGAAAAACAAGAUCAAAGAACUCAAGAUCUCGCUGCCGGGGUGUUGAUGCCAAUCGUAACUGGAAAGUGAAAUGGUGUGAUGAAGGAGCUUCCAUGCACCCUUGUGAUGAUACCUACUGUGGACCUUUUCCAGAAUCUGAGCCGGAAGUGAAAGCUGUAGCUAACUUCCUUCGAAAACACAGGAAGCACAUUAAGGCUUACCUCUCCUUUCACGCCUAUGCUCAGAUGUUGCUGUACCCCUAUUCUUACAAAUAUGCCACAAUCCCCAAUUUUAGUUGUGUGGAAACUGCAGCUUAUAAAGCUGUGAAUGCACUUCGGUCAGUAUAUGGGGUACGGUACAGAUAUGGACCUGCCUCUAGCACGUUAUAUGUGAGCUCUGGUAGCUCAAUGGAUUGGGCCUACAAAAAUGGAAUACCCUACACAUUUGCUUUUGAGCUUCGAGACACGGGACAUUUUGGAUUUUUACUCCCAGAGGGGCUCAUCAAACCCACCUGUAUAGAGACCAUGCUAGCUGUGAAGAAUAUCACAAUACAUCUGCUGAAGAAGUGUCCCUGA